AUGGCCGGGAGUUUCUUUACCUCCGUCGCGGUGAACCUGGUCUCGAAAAUCGGUGGGUACAUGUUUACUCCCAUUGGGCGUCAAUUUGGGUACGUGCUAUGCUACAAGAGCUACGUCGAAGAUCUCCAAACUGCAGUCGAGGAGCUGGAGGGUGCGAGAGAAAGUGUGCAGCAGUCCGUCGAUCAAGCCGGGCGCAACGUAAACCCAAUACGCCCUUAUGUUGAGGAUUGGCUGGGGAAAGCAAUGAAGGAGGCUGAGGAAGCACAACAAAUGUUAGAACGUGGCAAGACUGCAAAGAAUGCUUGCUUCCGCGGGUGGAUUCCCAAUCCAUUGGUGCGCCAUCGAAUAGGCAGACAGGUGAGGGAGGCAACUGAAGUCAUUCGGGUACUCCGUGAGAAAGCCCAAAAUAGCGACUUCAAGAAAGUCUACGAUGAGAAUAUUCCACCAGGAAUUGUCAUUGAUCCCCCGUUUCCAGUUACAAGAGAUGCCUUGGAGUCGAGGGCUUUGAUCGCGGAUGAUGUAAUGAAGGUUUUAGCUGAUGACAAGGUCCAUGUGAUUGGGGUGCAUGGAGUAGGUGGGGUUGGCAAGUCCAAGCUUUUGGCGGACAUAAAAAAUAGAGUUAAGGGAGAGAAGCUGUUCGAUGAGGUUGCCAUGGUAGAUGUAUUCCGCAAUCCAGAUCCAAAAAGAAUUCAGGGAGAAAUCGCUGACUCUCUCGGCCUGAACCUAAUGAAUAUGGAAACUACUCGUGGGAGAGCAGAACUUUUGCAUCAGAGGUUGACGGGAUUAAAGGGGUAUCCUAAGAAAAAAAUUCUCAUCCUUUUAGAUAAUUUGUGGAAGAAGCUAGAGUUGGAGGAAGUUGGAAUACCUUGCGGAAAUGAUAAUAAAGUAAGGGGCUGCAAGCUAUUGCUAACGUCAAGACGCCGAGAUGUUUUGCGGGAUGACAUGGACUCUGACCGAUUAUUCGAACUCAAAGUGUUAGAGUAUGGUGAAGCACGAAGACUUUUUGAAAGUUUAGUGGGGAACAGAGUUGACGAUCCUGAUUUUGCACCCUUCGUAGAGGGAGUGGUUAGGAAUUGUAAAGGCUUGCCACUUUGGAUUGUUUCGUUGGCAAAAACGUUGAAGCACAGAGAUUUAACUGCGUGGAGGAGUGCUUGGACCAAUAUAGGUGGGUCGGUUGAGAAAUUAAUAGUGGAACUAAAUUACAAUGACUUAAAAGAGAAGAGGAUCAAAUCAGUGUUCUUGGUUUGUUCUCUACUCUCUGGGUUAAUUUCGUUGAGGGAUUGCCUUGUCUAUUGCAUGGGUUUGGGUUUAUAUGAAGAAUUAUGGAAGACCAUCGAAAACGCUAGAGAUAAGUUGAGUACGGAUCUGCAUAGCUUGAAGGACUCUUCCUUGUUAGAGAUAAGUUUAUUUUGA